AAUGUAAACGUCACAGUAGGCUUACCAUCGUAGCAACCAUCAUUGCUCAUCUUUAUUUUUACAGCUGUAAAAAUGUUCUACUGGCCUUUUACUAGCCUCAGGUCUCCUUGUAGCUCUACCGAGGCACUCGAGUUGGAAUCCAAAAUGGCGGAUCAAGUCAUGUUCGCUAAACGUGUGCGAAAAUCGCUGUACUAUGGUGAAUAUUCUGAUGCUUCGCUCCCUUCUUUAUCAGUGACAGAUGUUGCAGUUGAAGUUCUUAAUAACACGGUGCCUUCAAGAAAACGACUCCUUGAUAGGAAAUAUGCUCAUUCUGUUGCAAGGAGAGCAAAAAUAUCUCCUUGUACAUUGAUGAUGGGUAUGUUGUAUGCUGAACGUCUUCGUCAAAGAAACCCCCAAAAUACAAUGACACUCAACUCCUCAGAUGUCUUUUUGAUAUCUAUUAUGGUUGCAUCCAAGUAUUUGUAUGACGAGGGGGAAGAAGAAGAGGUUUACAAUGAAGACUGGGCAAGAGCAGGAUGUAAGACAGUACAAGACAUCAACAAACUGGAAAUGGACUUUCUUCAGUUAAUGGACUGGAAUUUGUUCAUUAGCAAGGGCGAAUUUUUGAACUUUGUCAGCCAAGUGGAGUCAAAGGUGGCCUUGAAUAAAGGCUGUGCUCGAGGCUGGUUAACAUACUCUGACAUGUGCACUUUACUCAACAAUAAAGCAUUACUGGACUUGCUCCAAGUUAUUCGACAACAGUUGCUAACGAAUAUAUCAAAGUGUCUGACGGCAUAUUUAUUUGGAGUCUCCCUUCUUCUUGGUUCAUCUGCCCUUGCCUCUCUAACACACAAUUCAUCCAAACAAGACACGAUAUUCCAUGGCACUCCAGUCCAACCCUCCUUCAACUGCCUCACUACAGAAGCAUCCUGUGUCUUCUCUCGCGAGGGCAUUGAGGUUGCCUCACCAGGUUUAGACCUGGUCUUUCGUCCCAUCACUCAAAGAAGAAAACGUGUUCCAGGAUCAUUCCUUCAACGUCAGGGAUUCCAAAAUAUGGCCUCUUCAAGAGAACAGAAAAUGGAUGCACGAGAAGUAAAUCAAUCUCCAUCAGAAAACCAUACUUUUCCUAGAUCAAUUGAUAUCAGCGUUCUUUUUAAAACAUUAGGGAAUUUUACAUCUCAGAACCUUAACCUUAAGACAAGACUAGUAACUCAUGGCCGCUACUCGAAUGGCACAGACAGAGAGUUGUCAGUACAAUCUUGGUCAUCACUCUGUGUCCACAAAAUGAAUGUUGGUUUAUUCGGACCACAGAUUGUCAAAAAAAGGUGUUUUGAGAAAUUUCCAAAAAGUUCUGUGUCUUCAACAGAAUGGAACUGCUAUUACAGGCAGCAAUUGUGUGUAUCAUGAUGGCUGAAAUACUGUUUCUGACCCCCCCUCCCCUCCAUCCCACCCCUACAUCCCAUCUCCAUACCAUCUCCAUUUAGACUCUAUGAAAAACCUUUCAAUUUAAAGUAUUUUGAUAACAUAUUUUAUGAUGAUGAAUAAAGUUUUCCUAUCUCACUCA